AUGAAGAUUUUUAUUCCGUUUCUGGCCAUUAUUGGCACGGUACUGGCGCAGUACCGGUGGACCAUUUUCGAGCAGGAACACGUGAAUCUCUGUGCCGAUAGUGGACCGUGCGGUGGCGGACGUCCACAUACAAUGUGCUACAAGCCCAACGUAACACACUCGCGAUGCCAAAAGUUCCAACCGAUAGCCCUGAGUGAGGCCAACAUCAAAAGCUUCAUGAUGGGACAUAACGGAUUGCGGAAUAAGGUGGCAACGAACGCACAACUUCCGGCCGUAGAUAUGCAAUUCUUGCACUGGGAUCCAUUUUUACAGGCCAUGGCCGAACGGUGGGUACGUCAGUGCAUCCUUGGCUACGACGAGUGUGACUCCAUCGGCAACCCUCCUCAUUCGGUCGGUCAAAACAUAUUCUUCCAUCCGAAACCACCGCUCAAACACUGGGAAGCACUUGUCCUGAGCACAUGGUUCAACGAAAAGCAGAACAUGAAGCACACCUUAUCAAAUAGUGAGCUACGCAGUGAACACUUCUCGAACUACACUCAGCUGGUCUGGGCGAAGAGUGAAUUCGUGGGCUGCGGUGCGGCGCAAAUGUUCGGCGGUUAUCUGGUUGUUUGCUAUUACCAUCCGAAGGGGAACAUUCCCGGCCAACCGGUCUACCGAGUGGGCCACCAGCCAUGUACACGCUGUCCGCAGGAGCGUGCCUCCUGUUCGCACGUUUUCCGUGGCCUCUGUGGCAUCGGUAUGGGGAGUGGAUGA